AUGGAGGAUCAAGAACGACUCGAUGACUUACCGGAAUCCCUGCAGUUUCAUAUUCUCUCUUUUCUAGACACCAAACAAGCCAUUCAAACAUCGGUGCUCUCAGAACCAUGGCUUUUCAUCUGGACUUCCAUGCCGGUUCUUCACCUCCACUACUCUGCUUUUCAUAAACUUUAUGCUUUCGAUAAGUUCGUCAACAAUGUUUUACGUUAUCGUGAUCAAUCCGCCAACUUAAACACGUUAACCUUCACCCGUUGUGGCGUAUCCAGUGCCAAGAUUUUGAAGGAAGUCAUUGAUUACGCAUUUUCUCAUGGUAUCAACCACCUGGAACUCUUCAUCCAACAUUGCAGAAACGGUUCUUGGCCUGUUUGUUUGCGUACUUCCUGCGAUUCCUUGAGAACCCUAAAACUAAAAAGUCAAAGUUAUGUUAGUUGUCCGUUUCUGUCGGGAUCAUUCAAGAAUCUAACUGUUUUGCACCUCAAGGGGACGAUUGUAGAGAAUCUUGAACCCUUUUCAGGGUUUCCGAUGUUGGAGAAGUUGGUGUUGAAUGAUUGUGUUCUUGGUAAGAUUCUGAGUGUGCAGGCUUUGAAACUUUCGGAUUUAACGGUUUCAUGCCAUGGAUGUUUGGAUCAUUGCGAUUUCACAACUCCAAAUCUAAGAUUCUUUGAAUACAUCGGGUCGAACUUUCCGCAGUUGCGAACCCAUGAUGGUCUUCCCGUUCUUGAGACUGUGGUGAUCGAUUUCCAUGGGGUUUGCUAUCAUGUUCACGAGAAGAGGAUGUUUGAUGAUCUGAUUUCUUUAUUCUGGGCUCUUGAUAAUGCGAAAUCGCUGACGCUAUUCUCGUCGAUUGUUGAUCUUCUUAGUUUGUUUCCAGAAAAGUUGGAAUACAGCACGAGCUCUAAGGAUAAGGUUAAACAAGAGAGACUAGAUGGAUUAAUAUAUGAUCUAAAUAUGUGGGUUGUUACACUAUUUUCUUACACAAAUACCACCGUUGUAAUUUUGGUGUAA